CUUCAAUUUCAAGUUUCGACGAAAUUUCAAAUUUUAAAAAUAAAAUCACGAUAGUGUUCAAACCGUAUAGUGUAAAACUAUUUAGUUUUAUGAUAUUAUAAGCUUAAUGCUUAUUUAAGUUGUAUGAGGGUUUUCGAUUCGAAUUGAACGCACUGAAGGAGAACUAAGUCUUUCCCAUUUCAAAUCGGUUUGCAGGAAAUAUAAAAUACUCGACGAAUUUCAUAUUAUUUCUAGUUUUGAAGCUAUGACUUCUGAAAAAGAUCCACUUGUAAAAGAGCGAUCAGGUACAGUGAGAGAAGUAGGCAACCAUGCUAUUUGGAGUUUAUCGUCGUGUAAACCAGGAUUUGGCAUAGAUCAGCUUAGAGAUGAUUGUAUGGAUACUUACUGGCAAUCUGAUGGUCAAUUACCACAUCUUGUAAACAUUCAAUUCCAAAGAAAAACCAUGGUCUCACAUAUUUACAUAUACACUGAUUAUAAGUUAGAUGAAAGUUAUACACCAAGUAGAAUAUCAAUAAGAGCUGGAACACAUUUUAAUGAUUUGCAAGAAAUUGAAGUCAUUGAAUUAAUUGAGCCCAGUGGUUGGGAAAUGAUACCAAUUAAAGAUAUCCAUGAUAGACCAAUAAGAACAUACAUGAUUCAAAUAGCAGUUCUUAGUAACCAUCAAAAUGGCCGUGAUACUCACAUGAGGCAGAUUAAAAUCCACUCCCCAUGUGAACCUACUUCAUUUGAUGCUAAUAAAUUUAGAAACUUCUCAACUGUGGAAUUUCAACAAUAUACAACCAUAAGAUAAAAAUGUUAUAUGAUUAGUAAAUAGUAAUCUUUUUAUUAUACAGAACAUACUUACUUUGAAAGAUUAUUCAUAUUAAAUAUCUAUCACAUGCAAAA